AUGCCUGAUAUGUUACAGAAGAAGAGAGGGAAACCCAACCCUGCUCCAUGUCACUUUCCCACACCUCGGAGACAGGUGUGGAAGGACACUACAGCACUGCGUGGCAAGGACCCAGGCCACCCUGGCCUCUGGGCCUUGGCGCUGACGCCCCUCCGCACCCCACGCGCAGACCCCACGCGCGGAGCCCGCAACGCUCGGGGCUGGGCCCGAACCCGCGACCUCAGGAACGCGCGGGCAGCGCAUGCGCAGUGCAGCGUCAAGCGGCGCCUCGCGCUCGCCGCCGCCCUCUACCUGCUCUUCAUGGCCGGCGCGCUUGUGGGUGGAUAUGUUGCUAACAGUCUAGCAAUUAUGACAGAUGCACUUCAUAUGUUAACUGACCUUAGUGGAAUUAUUUUGACUCUACUUGCUCUCUGGCUGUCGGCAAAGUCUCCCACAAAGAGGUUCACCUUUGGAUUUCAUCGCUUAGAAGUAUUAUCAGCCAUCAUUAGUGUAUUGCUGGUGUAUAUACUUAUGGCAUUCCUCUUGUAUGAAGCUGUUCAAAGAACUAUCCAUAUGGACUAUGAAAUAAAUGGCGAUAUCAUGCUGAUUACAGCAGCUGUUGGUGUUGCAGUUAACUUGAUAAUGUGUUUUCUGCUGAACCAGUCUGGCCACCUUCACUCCCAUUCGCACCCUCACUCCCACGUUCCUCAGCUGAGCUCUCCUAACACAGCCCAGAGCAGCGGCCACGGCCAUGGCCACAGCAGCCUGGCAGUGAGAGCAGCGUUUGUCCAUGCCCUUGGAGACUUGGUGCAAAGUAUUGGUGUUCUCGUAGCUGCGUACAUCAUACGCUUCAAGCCAGAAUACAAGAUUGCUGAUCCUAUAUGUACUUAUGUAUUCUCCAUACUGGUGGUUUUGACAACAGUUCGAAUUCUGUGUGACACAGGAGUCAUUAUUCUGGAAGGAGUUCCAAGGCAUUUGAAUGUGGAUCGUAUUAAGGAAGACUUGAUGAAAAUUGAAGAUGUUUAUUCUAUAGAAGAUUUAAAUAUCUGGUCUCUCACUGCAGGAAAAACAACUGCCAUAGUCCACUUGCAAUUAGUUCCUGGUAGUUCAUCUAAGUGGGAGGAAGUUCAGUCCAAGGCCAGACAACUGCUGCUGAACACAUUUGGGAUGUAUAAGUGCUCUGUCCAGCUUCAGAGUUACAAACAGGAAAUGAACAAAACCUGUGCAAGUUGUCAGAGUUCUAGUGCCUAAUUUCGUAUGUUUUGGGAACUGCUGCCUUAUUCUUUACCUUGUAGUCAAAGACUGAGAGCAAUAAAUGAAAAAGGAAAAUGAUCAAAUAGAACCCUUAACAUGUGGAUUUAUAUCACGUAACACGCAGCAGGGAAGAACUGGUGCUGCAAAAAGUGCAGUAGUUGCCCUACAGAACAUGUAUUUUACUUUCUCCCUUGUACUGGUCUAUUCAAUUUAUUAUGAUUUUGAGACAAAGUUGUUGGAAGAUUAUUGUUUACAGACUGCAACAUGGCUCUGCAGAUACCUCACAAAUUACAGAUCAAGGUUGUCUUUUGAUAAGUGUGUACCAUAAAGUACUUGCACUCUUGAGUGGAGCAUCAAGUGUUCAGUAUUCCAAUUACAACCUCUAAUGCUGAUCAUGCCAGGGUUGCACAAUACGUCAUGAUCCCCGAAUUCAUUAUGCAGUAUUUUUGCAAUAGUCAUUUUUAUACAGUAUCUUAAACUUUGAUGCAUACAGUGAUAGUUGAUUUUUUUAAUAUAAAAUUGUCUCUUCAGAAACAUUGUAAAACACAAUUUAUUGUACCCAGACCAGAAAUUUAGCUUUAAUCUGGGCAUUCAGAGAUGCAGCCAGGCUGAUCCUUGCGCAAGCCUCUAGUGUUAACUGGAGACCCAAAGCGGGACCCAA